UAAAGUUUUCUUAUAUUGUAGAUUUGUAUUUUGAUAAAAUUAUUUCUCCAAUAGUUGCAUUAGCAGCUGUAGCAGUUAAUUCAGUAACUGAUGAUUCUGAAAUUAAUACAAAAUCAUUUGAUAUAAUUAUUUCAACAUUAUGGUUGUUUAUUUCAUUCAUAUUAAAAGUUGUUUGA